GAUUAUUUAGUAAACUGCUAACCGUGGUUUAAUAGUUCAAACUUCAAGCAGUUACAGAGUUCAAACUUUCAGCUUUAAUGUAUAUUCAUUAAGAUUUGGAGAAAGGCAUAAAGAAAAUAGGAAAGUCUUCAUAUUUUAACUUUUUAUGCCUUGUGGUUUUUACUUCAUGGUAAGUAAUACCUAUCAUUUUUCUUCAGAAAACAUCGACAUUAAUCAAUGAUACUUAUUAGACUUUUGGGUUUAUAUCCUAAUUUCUAAUCCUUAAUUAUAUAAACGUUGUGGUUGUAUAAUAUAUUUUAAAUUUGUGAUUUGUCUAUAAAUCUGUAUUUAUUACUAUUAUUUAACAUUCGAUAAGGCUUACCCAAUAUUGUGUCUAUGGUAUAUUCUUUUUUAAUUUUGUGGAGAUCUUGCAAUAUUCAUUUAUUUCAUUUUAACUAUGAUAUUAUUUAAAAACUAUUAAAAUUAAACGAAUAUAUAAAUAUUAAUAUUAAUCUGGUGAUUGGGAUUUGAAUACAUUUUAUUAGAGUUAUUUAAUUAUUACUUAAACUUUAUUUACUUAAGUCAUUGUUUUUUUUUCUCUAAGAAAAUAUUUAUGUAGUAGCUCAAUGACUGUACUCUAUAUAUGAAUCUACUAGUACAAGAAAUAAGUUCUAUAUUUAUUAUUUGGAGAGUAUUACAUAUUUUUUUUUAUAAAAAUAAAUUUAAAAAUUAAAUUAUUUGUUCUAGAAUAGGAGAUAACGUGCAAGAUGAGUAACUUUGAUCUUGAAAAAAUGGAUGAAACUAUCAAUAACCUUAGCAUAGGACUAGAUGUAAUGUUGUGUUGCAAAGAUACUGCAGGUGGACGAGAAAUAUUAGAAUCCUUCCGAAAGUUAGAUAAUUUAAUUAUGUCAUUUGACGAUCAAAUUAAUAUUCUUUGUGAAGCUUUAACUAAAGAAAAAAAUGCUCGAAAAUCAGUAAGUUGACAAGUUAAAAUCAUCAUAUUUUUAAAAGUAUUUAAAGUUAAAUUUUUAAUGGUAUUUUUUGUAGUCAUUUCAGAAACAACUAGAUGAAUUAAAAAUGAUUGAAGAAAGAUGUAAUCAUAUGAUAGUAAAUUUUCCAUCAAAUUUUUGUGAUACUAACAAGUUUGAAAUGCAGAAGUUUAAUCAGAAUUAUGAAAUAAAAAAAAACGAAGGGAAUAAUUUGAAUAUGACUAACUUAUCUGUGUCACCUGUACCAACAUGGAAUAAUACUUAUUCUUCAUACAAUACUAUGUCAAAUGGUACAAUAAUGAGUACCACUAUGAUGGGCCAAUCUUUAAAAUCUCAGUCUAGUAGACAAGUGUUCGAUAUACCACUUCUAAAAUCUGUUACCAAUGAUGAAAUGGAUAAAGUUCCAAAGUAAGACAAUAGUAAUGGUUAAUUUCUGUAAUUUAUAUUUGUUUUAUUAUUUAUGAUAUUUAUUUCAUUAUUUCUAUUCAGGUACAUGAAAGGUCGUUUAAGUUCAAUAAAUGUAAAUGUUGUGAUAGACAGCAUUAAUGCUGCAUUAGAAAAUAAGUAUGACAUUUUGCGCAAACCAAAAAAUACCUUGAAAAAGAAAGACUUAAAUUUGUAUAACAUGUGGAAAAUACAACAAACAAAUGUUGGACAAGGUAUGAAUCAAAACAAAAUUUUCUUAAAAUAAUUUUGUUUAUAUUUAUACACAAUUUUUUAAAUUUUAGGUCAGUAUUUUGUGACUGCUGAUGAUAUUACUAGAUUUAGUGAAAUGAAAGUUGAUAAAACCACAUUAAACAUUAUUCCAAUAUUAAGACAUUUAAAACGAUUAAAAGAAUCUCGAUUAGGUGGAUUUGUUUAUUAUUUACCAUACUAAGUGUAUCAUUUAAGGGGGUGUGGAAAAU